GUCUGAGGAGAAUACAAAUUAAAUAGAGCUUGCCACAAAAUAUGUAAAAAAGAGUGCUUAACUAGCACACAGUUCCUCUAUAUAAAUCGCAUACAAACGGCAACAAACUAUUGCAUCAUAGCCAAACGGAAAACAAUCAGCUGCAAGUGCCAUCGAUUUGCAACAAUUAUUAUAAAGUAGAAAAAAUGACUGCCCCGCGACGUCUGCGCAAGGAACUCGUAGAUUUGCAGGAAAGUAGUUUAAAAUCGUUUCGUGACAUUAAGGCCGACGAUGAUAAUCUGCUUCGCUGGACGGGUCUGAUUGUGCCCGACAAUCCGCCCUACAACAAGGGCGCCUUUCGCAUCGAAAUCAAUUUCCCGGCCGAAUAUCCCUUCAAGCCACCAAAGAUUAGUUUCAAAACAAAAAUCUACCAUCCGAACAUCGAUGAAAAGGGUCAGGUGUGUUUGCCCAUCAUCAGCACGGAGAACUGGAAGCCAGCCACGCGCACCGACCAGGUGGUGCAGGCGCUAAUAGCGCUCAUCAACGAUCCCGAGCCCGAACAUCCGCUGCGCGCCGAACUGGCCGAAGAAUUUCUCAAGGACAAAAAGAAGUUUGUGAAAAAUGCCGAGGAUUAUACCAGAAAACACAGCGAAAAGCGUCCGGCUGACUAGUGCAAUUAAGGCGAUAGGUGAGGCGUGUCGAGGAGAGGCGCCGGCGCCGCUUUACAAAAA